GUGUCAACGCAAACAAUGGCGGGUAGACUUACCAGCCACUAGUGUAAUCAUCACUUUUCACAAUGAGGCCCGAUCAGCUCUCCUUCGAACUGUUGUCAGUGUUCUCAAAAAAAGCCCACCACAUCUUAUUAAGGAAAUUAUAUUAGUAGAUGACUACAGCAAUGAUUCUGAGGAUGGUGCUUUAUUAGGUAAAAUUGAGAAAGUGAAGAUACUUCGAAAUGACCGCCGGGAAGGUUUGAUGCGUUCUCGUGUUCGAGGGGCAGAUGCAGCACAAGCAAAAGUUCUUACAUUCUUGGAUAGUCACUGUGAAUGCAACGAGCACUGGCUGGAGCCUCUCCUGGAGAGAGUAGCUGAGGAUAAGACCCGCGUUGUAUCCCCUAUAAUUGAUGUAAUUAAUAUGGACAAUUUCCAGUAUGUGGGGGCCUCGGCUGAUUUAAAAGGCGGUAAGUAUUUUAUUGGAAUAUGAAAUCUUUCCAGGGUCUCUAAAUGUGUUGCAAUAAUCCAGAUCCUAGUUUGAGAA